AUGGUUCGCAAUCUUGUCGUUCUUGGGGGAAACUCCCAUCCUCAAAUAACAGAGAUGAUCUGUAAUACGCUUGGUGUUCCACCCUGCAACAGAAUUCUUAAGAAAUUUUCUGUCGGUGAGAGUCGUCUCGAAAUUCAAGAUUCAGUACGAGGCAAAGAUGUUUAUAUCAUUCAGUCGGGUGGAGGAAAAGCCAAUGAUCACUUCGUGGAUCUUUGCAUUAUGAUCUCAGCAUGCAAAACUGGAUCUGCCAAGCGUGUCACUGCCGUUCUCCCUUUGUUUCCUUAUUCGCGACAACCGGAUCUACCAUACAACAAGAUUGGCGCACCACUUGCAAAAGGCCCUGCCAACGUCAAGGGUAACUUUACUUUCGAGAGCCGACCAGCAACACCUGGUCCUUCCACACCCCAAACACCCGGUAUCACCAAUGGCGCAAACGGCGCAAACGGCAUGGACAAAUUGCAAAAGAAGCUCGGCAAAGCAUCUCUCGAACAGAUCAACACUCAAAUGUCAAACGGAAUCACACCUAGACGCCAAGAUACUUCGGAUUCUAUGGCAUCUAUUACCAAUGGACGCUUGGGUGAAGGGUCAGCAACUUCCGUGACAGCCCCACCUUUCACCACCCAUGAUUACGAAAACCCUGGACAAAUCAAUGGCCAGGUCAAGAGUCUCUUCCAAGGCAAGCCAGGAUACAAGCAAUGGGUAGCACAAGCUGGUACGCUCGUGGCAGAUCUUUUGACUUGCUCCGGUGCAGAUCAGGUAAUCACUAUGGAUCUCCACGAUCCUCAAUACCAAGGAUUUUUUGACAUCCCAGUGGACAAUCUGUAUGGCAAGCCGCUCUUGAAGAGGUACAUUCAACAAAAUAUCCCCAAUUUUCAGGAUGCAAUUGUCGUAAGUCCUGAUGCUGGUGGAGCAAAGAGAGCAACUGCAAUUGCCGAUGGGCUUAACAUGGAGUUUGCAUUGAUUCAUAAGGAACGUCGACCUACCCGAAUUACCGAUCGCCAAAAUGCCACAAUGAUGCUGGUUGGCAAUGUUCGUGAUAAAGUUGCUAUACUCGUCGACGAUCUGGCCGAUACCUCGAACACAAUCACAAGAGCUGCCAAAUUACUCAAGAAAGAGGGUGCCACUUACGUUUACGCAUUGGUGACACACGGAGUUUUCAGUGGGGAUGCGAUUGAGCGCAUCAAUGCAUCUGCGCUGGACAAAAUCAUCGUCACGAACAGCGUUCCACAAGAUGAACAUCGACGUCUCUGCCCGAAGUUAGAGGUCUUGGAAGUUGGUUCGGUCUUCGCCGAGGCAAUUCGUCGUGUACACCAUGGAGAGAGUAUUUCUGUAUUGUUUCAAUAUGAUUAG